AUGGCGUCACUCACCUGGUUCGUUCUGCUCCUGGCAGGUUUGACCUACACCCAUGCCUUGGGAACCCAGACGACAAUUCAAAAUUUGCCUAGCAUGGCCCAGGUAGAAUUCAGAUUAGGUGCCGUAUGGAGACAACAGUGUAUCGGUAGCAUCAUCACUAAUUACCACGUCUUGUCCGCUGGGACCUGCUUCCAAAACCAUCCCAGUGUCCGUCUAAUUCGUGUUGGUAGUGGCGUAAGCGGAGUUGGGGGUACCAGUCAUGAGAAUAUUCCUAUCGCACCUGUGAACUUUUAUAUACCUGCACACGUCCAUUUGUCUAUGGCGGGCUGGGGUAUUACCGCUCAAGGAGGCUUAGUUGCAAAUAACAUCCUCUACAGGAUGGAAGUGGAAAGCAAGGAUACCACCGGAUGCGCUGCUCAGUUCCCCGGCCGCAUCACUGGAGACAAUUUGUAUGUCGGUCUAGUUGGCAGGCCUGGCCGGGACUUCGAUCCUAGUGAUACUGGAGCUCCUAUCCUUUAUCACAACAUCUUAGCUGGAGUGGCCUCGUUUGGUUCGUCUGCUACCUAUAAUUUGUUGCCCAUUGUUUCCACCGCUAUUAGCCCUUACACUAAUUGGAUUGUUGGUGCUGCAGUUUAA